GUUGCAUACAGUCACGCUCAUAACUAAAAUUCAACCGCCAUUCACAAAUAACCGCCGUUUUCAUGCGAGUUAUUUUUCAUUUUUCCAGCAUUUAAAACUGAUUAAUUGUCUUAAAUAUAAUUAACCAUCAUGAAUUCAAGCGAUUACAAUGUUUUGGCCAUCACGAUGCCAACUUAUCUGCAAGAUAUCUUUCGUUCAACAGAGUUAAUACGUUUAAUAUACAAGAAGAUUCAACCAACAAGUGAAAAUUUGAUUGGAAAUGUAGAUAUGAGUCCCAAGAAUUCAACUCAGAGUACGAGCGACUUAAAUCUCACUGGAAAUCCUCUGGAAGUUGACUUAGAUGAUGAUGUGAAAUUUGAUGUGAUAGAAUGCUGCAAAAAAGUAGCAGUAAACUGGACCAAGGAGGAAAGUACCUAUGGACCUUUAAGCUCAAAGGAAGCUGGGGAAUACUUAAACAAUUCUAAAGAAUCAUCUCUGCAAGUAUGUCUAUGUGAUGGGAAAGAUCCAAGAAAAACCUUAGCAAUUAUGCUUAAACAAAAUGACUUUUACAGAGGUAUUAUUCAUUUCUAUGGGUGCUACACAAUUUCUCAGCAGCAAGUCUGCUUUAAUACUAUGUUAACAUUUCAUCAAAGAUACAGUAGAAAGGAUUGUAAAGUAGCAGUUGAAGUAAAUACUCUAUAUGCCAAAUUUGGCCACAAUAAGAGACUUGCUGAAGAUGUGGUACACACAGCCAUAGGAAACUCAGCAUUUAUUGAAGUUUCAUGUCCUGAUCAUUUGUUUAAAAGUGUGAAUAACAAAUAUAAACUGUUCCUUCAAGUAAAUGUAUCCAAUACAGAGUCAAGAUUAUAUGUAUUGUGGCAGCAAUUAAUCAUGUUAUACAAUUUAAUUGAGCAACUGCAAGAUGAAGAUGACCUAGAAAAUUUGAAAAUAUCACCAAACCCAAAAGAAUAUCAUGAAGUUGCUGAUGAUAUUGCAGAAUUACUGAGAAGUUAUGAAACUAAAAGACAUGUGCAUAAAAGGGAAGUAGAUUGGAAAGAUCUUGAUGUAAUGAACAUGAGAGAAGGGUCUUUUAUGGAAAAAUUAUGGGAAUGUUUAAUUAGUUUUGAAGGCAUUCAUGAUGUUCUCCAAGGCUUCCACACACUGUUUGCUGCUUUGGUCAACACUCCAAUCAACUACACAGAGCCAGCAGCAAACAAAACAACAUUGGGUGUGGUUAUCAAUGGUUUGAUUGAGGGUAACAUGGCUGUGCCCACUUUGAAUAUAUCAGUAGCAUUAAAGUUUUUGAUUGAAUUGGGCUUGUAUAAAUUACACAACGAUUAUUUGUUUCUUAUUCGAAAUAUGGAGCCGAAUGGAGAAGGACAUUUCAAAGAAGAAUGGGAGAAAAUAGUCGAAACACAGAAUCAGAUAUCCAAAGCAGCGACUCGUAAAUCCCGUUUAACAAUUUCGAAAGGCAAUGAAAACAUUGGCGAUUUGAUGAAACAAUUGAACCACACUGCGUAUAUGCAUCUCACUACUGAAUUUAUGCUUCUGGCGAUGAACUGCCAAUUGUCCGGAUCGACUACUUUGCCGCAAGUUUACAACUGUAUCUUUAAAUGCAAACAUUUGAAGAAAACUUUCAAGUCUUUGAUGCAUACCAGCGUUGUAGACUUUCAAUGUGAUUUAUAUUCGAGUCAAUAUGAUUUUAUCAAGGAUUUACCGGCAGUUGCAAUCAACGUCAGAUUUUUCAGCGAGGGACGUGCGGGUUCAACAACGACAACUAUUUUUCAUUUCUCUGAUAAACCGAUCUUUCCGGAUACUGUUUAUAAUGAUUAUGGUAUUGAUGUCGAGCAAAUUGAAGAAAAGCAAUACUACGUCCAUUUAGGCUAUAUUUUCAAUAAUUAACAUAUGGAACUGAUGAGGAAAUAAAACUGAUAUCUCGUAA